UGCGCGUUUUGAGAAGCAGAGGCUACACCGACCUCUCAUCCUUUUUCUCUCGAAAGCCCUAAAUUUUUCUAAAUUUUCAAAAAAGUCCUUUAAAUUUGAUUUCUAGGGUUUGCUGCUACUCCCCCUCCUCAGCGCUCCAACCAGCUCAUCGGGGUCGGAUUUUGCAGCGAUUUUCGGAUCUAUGGAGUCCGAUUCGUGGUCCCGUUUCGCCGCCGCCGUGGCUUCCAAGCGCCACCAGCACGCGCAGCAAUCGCGCCACGAUAUGUACCUUGGGUUUGAAGAGAUCGAUGCUGGUGAUGAUGAGGCGUCGAGAGCGGAGUAUGCUUGCCCGUUUUGUGGGGAGGAUUUUGAUAUUGUGGGGCUUUGCUGCCACAUCGAUGAGGAGCAUCCUAUUGAGGCGAGAACUGGGGUUUUAAAUUCCUUAAUAGGAAACUACAUGCAACGCCGACGAAGAUUACGCAAAGAUUCAUCAGGAUCCCAUUCCACAAUUUCGUUGUUGAGAUUAGAGCUGAGGGAUGGGAACCUGCAAGCCCUUCUAGGAGGGUCUUCUUAUUCAAUUCCUCCCGCAGCUCCUGAUCCAUUUCUCUCAUCCCUUAUUUAUACUUUACCUGCUUCUGAUUCAUUGAGAGAUUCGCAACCUGGACAUUUGGAUGGAGGUAACGUCACCCUCACUGCCAAGGGUUCAGAUGAGAAAGCUGUAGAAAGGUCCCCAAAUAUUGAACCAUCUCUAUCUGAUAAAGACCAGAAGGAGAGAGCUCGAAGGAGUGAAUUUGUGCGGGGACUUGUGCUGUCCACUAUAUUCGAAGAAACUUCAUAAGGAAAACACUCUUCGAUAUCCAUUGCAGCUUCAGCAGUCCUCAACGCCACAACGCAAACAUGAUCUGCAUACUGUUCCGUCUGUCACUGAAAUGGCGAUAUUAAGAAAUUUACAUGCGACGAUCGCCUGUCGCCGAAGAAGAAUAAAAUCUUUGAUGUAUUUUGUAUAUGUUCAGUGUUUAGAGUAUGAAUAACUGAGGGACCUAAAAAUCCUACUUGUUGUGCCAUGAUACUUUUGUGAAUAUUUGUGUUUUCAUUGGGAAAAAAAAGUCUCAUAAUAUUUGUA